AUGGACAUUCUUGGCACAGUGGAUCCUGCAAAUGUACACUAUAUUAUGAGUGCAAAUUUUACAAAUUUUCCAAAAGGGCACGAACUCAAGAAGAUUUUUGAUGUUCUAGGUGAUGGAAUUUUUAGUUCUGACAUGGAUCUAUGGAAGAAUCAAAGGAAACUUGCUAGAGCAUUGAUCACUCAUCAGAGAUUCCACAAGUGUUCGGCGAAAAUCAGCUUGGACAAGGUAAAAAAUGGCUUGAUUCCAAUCCUUGAGCUCAUUGCUAAAGAAGAUAGAAUUGUUGACUUGCAAGAUGUUUUCAAGAGAUUCACCUUUGAUACGACGUGUGAAUUACUCACAGGAUUUGAAUCUUGUUGCCUCUCUCUUGAAUUCCCGGAUGUUCCCUUCUUGAAAGCCAUGGAUGAUGCUAAAUAUGUUGUAUCCAUCCGCUAUUUAUUGCCAGAAACUAUUUGGAAGUUGCAAAAAUGGCUAGGAGUUGGGCCAGAAAUGCAAUUAAGAAAAGCUUCGGAUGUUCUUGAUCGUGUUAUAGGUGAGUAUAUAUUGAUGAAGCGCGAAGAAUUGAGUAGAGCUGAAAAAAGUAAGGAAAACAAAGAGGGUUUUGAUUUAUUAACACCAUACAUAAUCAACGAUGGAGGAAGAACAUCAGGGUUGAAGUUUGACAACAAGUUCUUAAGGGAUACCUUUUUAAACUUCAUGUUCGCCGGGCAUGACACGGUUAGCUCAGGCCUUACCUGGUUCAUUUGGUUGGUGUCCACACAUCCUGAGGUUGAGAAGAAUAUAAGGGAAGAACUUAGGGCUAUUAUCCCACCAGAAGAAGCUGAAAAAUGGAGGCUUUUUACGGCUGAUGAGUUGAAAAAUGUGAUUUAUUUACAUGCUGCAUUGUGUGAAUCACUGAGGCUAUAUCCCCCUGUCGCAUUUCAGCAUAAGACUCCACUAGAACCUGAUAUUCUCCCAAGUGGCCACCAUGUUCAUCCUAAUAUGAGAUUGAUGAUUCCUUUAUAUGCAAUGGGGAGGAUGGAAUCCAUCUGGGGAAAGGAUGCCUCGGAAUUCAAGCCACACAGAUGGAUUUCGGACCAUGGAAUGAUUAAAUAUGAGCAAUCAUACAAGUUCUUUUCUUUCAAUGCAGGACCAAGAACUUGCUUAGGAAAAGAAGCAGUUUUCACUCAAAUGAAAGUAGUAGUUGCUACUAUCAUCCAUAAUUACCAAAUUGAAAUGGUGAAAGGUCAUGUUGUUUACCCUAAUGUCUCCGUUAUGCUCUAUAUGAAACAUGGCUUUGAAGUUAGAGUUAAGAGGAAAUGGGCAUAG